GUAUCCGCCCCAUUCUCGUGUCUUGCUUCCUGCCUCCGCUGCUGCUACUUGCUUGCUCCUCCCGUUUGGCUUUUGCACCCACCUCCACCAACACGCACUUUCCUCUCCUUUCCUCUAUCCUUCGCGUCUAACAUCACCUUCCCACCUUCCUUCCUCUUGGCUCUCUUCACCUUGCGCAGGGACUCUCUCGCCAUCACUAAGCUCUAUCAGCCGACCACAUCGAUAUCGAACACGAACUUGCGCUCCAUCGCUCCAUCGCUCCAUCGAUUGUGCCUUGGGCCGUCGCCCGGGGCUUCUGUGUGAGCUUAUCCGCAAUUUUUCUACCCUUACCACUAGCGCCGUUUGCGCUUCUCUCGCCGAAUAACAGUCAACAAUCAUCCCAAUCCUGCACAAACUUUUCUACCCGUCAAUAUUCUAUUGUGCAUCCAUCAUGUUUAAUGCAACUCAACACCGCGGCAACCCCAACUUGGGGCCUGCGCCUCCCGGCCAGCCCAACCAUCGCCUGAAUGAGAUCAUGGAUCAACUUCGAGCCGAGUUCGACAACCAGUCCAGAGCCUCCGAGCAGGUCGAGAGCCAGGUCGCACAGCAGAUUCAAGAGAUGGAGUUGAUUCGUAACAAGGUCUAUCAGCUCGAGCAGAAUCAACUGAAGAUGAAGCAGGACUAUGAGGCUGAGAUUCGCAUGCUGCGACAUGAACUGGAGAUCCGUGGAGGGUCGCAGGUGCAGUCGCACCUGGGUGGCCCUCCUCAGCAUACUGGUCCAGCGCAGGCACCUCCAGCUCUUGGCCAUGGCCAGGGCGGAUUAUUUAGUGGAAUCAUGGCCAACCAAGGUCAAGGUGGUCCAGGUCUGGCUCCUCCACCAGAGCAACCUCCUCCUCAGCAACAUCCUCUGCAACCCCCUCCCCCGGCCGCACAACCCCAAGGCCCGCCACAACCACCCAACUCCUUUCCCGGCUAUCAGCAGGGUCCUACGUUGAACGGCUAUGGACCGCAACCACAACCUCCCACGAAUUCCCCGGGUCUUGGAAAGAAUCGCUCCAUGGCUAACAGAGGUGCACCCGGACCUGGACCCGGACCCGGACCUGCGACUCCUCAGCAACAUCCUAACCAACCACAGGCCAUGCCAUAUCAGAAUGAUCCAAGAGCUUCGCCGCAGAUUCCCCGACCCACUCCUCCGGGCAGCGAUAUGCAGCUUGGACCGCGCCAUCAGAUGCCAGGCCAAGGCCAAUAUCCUAAUGUCGGCAAUGUUCUUGCUGACCUGAACCCAGACGAUCUUCCAGAUCAUCUCAAACGCACCAGUGCCGACGGCGAGUGGCAUGCUGUCUUUAAUCCGAAUGUCCCUCGUGUGCUUGAUGUUACUCUGUUGCACAACCUUCAACAUACUUCCGUCGUGUGCUGCGUACGCUUUUCGAGCGAUGGCAAGUACAUCGCCACUGGCUGCAAUCGCAGUGCUCAAAUCUUUGACGCCAGGGACGGCGCAAAGGUGUGCGAGUUGCUCGACGAGAAUGUCGCGGACAAGGACGGUGACUUGUACAUCCGAUCUGUCUGCUUCUCUCCCGAUGGCAAACUGUUGGCCACUGGCGCUGAAGACAAGAGAAUCCGCGUGUGGGACAUCGCAAGCAAGCGCAUCCGCACCACAUUCGAUGGUCAUGAGCAAGACAUCUAUUCGCUGGACUUCUCACGAACUGGGCGGUUGAUUGCUUCAGGCUCGGGCGACAAAACCGUACGCCUGUGGGAUAUCGAGUCCAACCAACAGGUUAUGGUCCUCUCGAUUGAAGACGGGGUGACCACAGUAGCCAUGUCGCCCGAUGGGCGUUUCGUUGCAGCUGGUUCCUUGGACAAGAGCGUUCGGGUUUGGGAUUGCUCGAGUGGAUAUCUCAUCGAACGACUGGAAGGACCACAGGGCCACAAAGACAGCGUAUACUCGGUUGCUUUCUCCCCUAGUGGGCGCGAGCUGGUCAGCGGUAGUUUGGACAAGACAAUCAAGAUGUGGGAACUCACACCACAGCGAGGACUUAUUCCAUCUGCUUCAGCAAAGGACGGCAAGUGCAUCCGCACCUUUGAGGGGCACAAGGACUAUGUGCUCUCGGUCUGCCUCACUCCCGGAGGCGAAUGGGUCAUGUCUGGGUCGAAAGAUCGCGGAGUCCAAUUCUGGGAUCCCAACACGGGCAACGCGCAGAUGAUGCUUCAAGGUCACAAGAACUCCGUGAUAUCCGUGGCUCCCUGUCCAACAGGGCAUCUCUUUGCUACAGGAUCAGGAGACAUGAAAGCCCGAAUCUGGCAGUAUACCACGUGGCGAGGAGCCCAUUAAGGGCUUUGAGCCUGACGGAAUGCGCGAAAUAUUCUAGAAGCAAAACGACGGCCGCAAAUUGUGCGAGACUAGGACUGGAAAGGUUGGCGGAGUUCGCAGUUACAUGUGUGUAUGUUUUUCUGGCUUUUGGAGAGUUCCGCCUUCCCCUCUCAGUUGCUCGCUGGUUAUGAACAGAUUGAAGCACUCAAAGGGCAUUCGGCAAUAACGGCAAAGGCAUGAGGACUCAAAGUUGCAGGAGCCAGGGCUCAUCUGCAUCAAGGAGCUCGUGGCUUUGGGGUGUUCUCUCUUAGCUUGACGGUCACUGGGCUCUGGGAAUGGCUGGGCUUCUUACGGGCGUGGGAGGGCUCGCAUUAGUGGAUGUUUUG